AUGGGAAACGGAGCCAAGGCAGCUCAGAAGCGGGAGAGGAAUGCUGCGAAGGCUGGUGGCACGGCCAAGAGCCAGACAAAGGCCAACGAGGCGGCAAAGAACAUCAUCUGCACCGUGUGCCGACAGACUUUCCUUCUGACAACCCGUGCGCCUGCGCUGGAAGAGCAUGCAUCGAACAAGCACAGCAAGAGCAUGGCGGACUGUUUCCCCACCUUUGGGCAGUAG